UAUUUUUAUACUUUAAACUUGGCAAAUAAUGACUUCUUUGGUGAAAUCCCCUUAUCCAUAGGACACUUGACCAAUAUGGCUUCACUACAUUUGAGAAACAAUAGGUUUUAUGGGGAAUUUCCUGUUUCUCUACAAAAUUGCACUUCAUUAGUCGUUUUGGAUCUUGGAAAUAAUUAUUUAAGUGGGGGUAUUCCUGCAUGGAUCGGGGAAAGCUUAAUAGACUUGAACAUCCUUUGCCUGGAUUCAAAUGAACUAAAAGGAUCAAUCCCAAUUAAUAUAUGCCAACUUCAAUCCAUUCAAGUAAUAGAUUUGUCUUCGAACCAUUUAUCUGGUUCCAUUCCGACUUGCUUCAAUUCAUUAAUGACAAAAUUUGAUGAAUUGAUUCCAAAUACGGAGACUUUUGGAUAUUCUCAACAAAUCUAUGGGAUUCUAGACUCUACCAAAGAAGUUUUCUUUGAUUAUGAAUGGCUUGUGUGGAAGGGUACAGAGGUGGAGUAUAGUAAGAACCUCAAAUUCAUGAAGCUCAUUGAUCUCUCGAACAAUAAAUUGGUUGGAGAAAUUCCAGUUCAGAUAACUGAUUUGCAUAUGCUUAAUUCACUAAACCUGUCAAGAAACAAACUGACCGGAUCGAUCCCAAACAAGAUUGGUCAGAUGAGCUCGCUAGAGAGUCUCGACUUGUCAAACAAUCAAUUAUCUGGAGCAAUACCAUUUAGCCUGGCUAGUAUAUCAUUUCUUGCUCACUUGGACUUGUCGAACAACAAUUUGUCUGGUUGUAUUCCACUCGGCACUCAGUUGCAAGGAUUCACUGAGGCUUAUAAGGGGAAUUCAAAGUUACGUGGCCCUCCACUUCAAACAAAGUGUCAAAGAGAUGAACCUGGAAAUGCUCCACAACAAGGGGGAAUUGAAGAAGAUGAAGGAUGGAUUAUUUGGGACUUUGACUUCUUUGUGAGUUUGGCACUUGGAUUCAUUCUUGGUUUUUGGGGAGUAUGCGGAACAUUAAUACUCAAGCAUUCUUGGCGACAUGCAUAUUUCCAAUUUCUAGAAGACAAAAAAGAGAAGAUUUGCACUGCCAUUGUGGUCUAUGGAGCCAAAUUGAAGAGAGGCAUGAGAGCUAGCUAGAUUGAAGCAAAAGGAUCAACUCAUCUUCGAGCUGCAUGAAGUGCGAAGGCCAUUGGAGUACCUCCGAUCCAUGUCAUUCCAAAAAAAUUUCAAUCAUGUGUAUUUGUGUGUUUGUAUUCAUAUUUCUAGUCAUGUA